GCAAAGCAUCUACAGUUACUUCUCACGUCCGGAAGGUCGUGUUAAAAAACUUUUAUUUAGACUUUUGCAUUUUCUACCAUUCCAAAAUGUAUUCUACAGUUGCAAAAGUUGUGACCCUUUCUCCAAUAUGUAUCCAAUCCCGUGGAAUGGCCACCCUGAAGGACAUUCGAAUGCGACUGAAGUCUGUCAAAAACAUACAGAAAAUUACCCAGAGUAUGAAGAUGGUGUCUGCAGCUAAGUAUGCUCGAGCAGAGAGAGAGCUUAAACAAGCUAAGCCCUUUGGAGAGGGGGCCCAAUCUUUUUAUGAAAGUGCUCAAGUGAAAGGAGAUGUUGCCAAGCCAGGCACCCUGAUCGUUGCCAUGACGUCAGACAGAGGUCUUUGCGGUGCAGUGCACAGUGGUGUGGCCAAACGCAUCAAGGGCAUGCUAGGGGAAGCGGCUGACAACUCUGACAUGAAGGUGAUCUGCAUUGGAGAUAAGUCAAGGGCCAUGCUGCAGAGGCAGUUUGGGAAAAACAUCCUGGCUGUGUUCUCAGAGUAUGGGAAAAGACCACCUACCUUUGAUGAUGCCACCACAAUUGCAGAUUACAUGAUCAACUGUGGCUUCACUUAUGAGAGGGGUCUUAUCAUCUUCAAUAAAUUCAAAUCUGUCGUAUCAUACGCCACAUCUGAAAUCCCGGUAUUCAGUGCGGAAGCCAUCUCGGGAGCAGAGAAGAUCUCUAUAUACGACAGUUUGGAUGCGGAUGUCAUCAAGUGCUACCAAGAGUACUCUCUAGCCAGCAUGAUCUACUAUGCCAUGAAAGAGAAUGCCUGCAGUGAGCAGAGCUCCAGGAUGACAGCCAUGGAUGGAGCUAGCAAGAAUGCAGGUGAAGUGAUUGACAAAUUGACAAUGACGUUUAACCGAACUAGGCAAGCUGUUAUCACCAAGGAACUCAUCGAAAUUAUAUCUGGAGCUGCUGCACUGUAAUACCUGCCUCCAUCUAGGAGAGAAUUGACAUUUAUUUACUGCCUACUUUAUAGUCUACCACCUUUAGAUGGAAAUUCAAAAAAAAAAAAAGAAUCUUUUCAAUUCAUCUGUGUCAAGAUGAUCUAUUUACAUCAAAUUAGAAAAUGGAAUAAACUUGUACAAUUUUGAUUUGAGUGUAUUAUGUCUCUCUAGAAAAAUUGCUUUUAGGUUACUUUAGGUUCAGUUUUAUUACUCAUACAGUGACGGAUGGUUAAUUGAAUCGGCGGUAAUUUGAAUCAGCCCCUUGAAUGAAUCAAAUCCUCAAAAACAGAAUGAAAUCUAACUUUAACAUUACAAACCUGCAGGAUAGUUAACUCAUACAUGUCGCUUAAAAGAAUCAAGCUUAUGUUGCUAACCAUUUUCCGCAUAUUUAUGUGGUGCAACUUGUUUUUCUUCUGCAACUUUCAUUUAGUAAAAAAAUAUUUUUCUUUUCAUUUUUCCUUCCUUUUUUUUUAAGUAAAUAAUGAGACAGGAUGUAGAUUAUUUUUAAUGACAGUUUUCUCAGGAAAUGCAAAAUUAAACCAGUCACACGGAGAGGGAUAUACUGUCGACGGGACUUCUUCGGUCUAGGGUUAGUCGCUAGUAGCAUUGCAAUGGAGCAACAAAGUGCAAAGUCUGAGGAAUAUAAGUUUUAUGACAUUGAAAAAAAGAGUGCUUAAAUUAAUAGCCACCUAUUUUUAGCACUCAACAUCAGAUACAUGUUUUGAAAAAAUUCAGUUAAAAUUUGAAUUUUUUAAUUGCUUUUUUUCAUGAUAUUUUUUUUAUUAAUUCUUUAAAUAAUCAAAGAAUUACUGUAAGUGAAUGGCUUACUUUUAAUGUUUCUUUAUAUUGUUUGAUUGAAAAUUAAAUAAAGAUAUCUUAAAUUGUA